AUGUCUGGCGUCAGCAAGGCUGGUAUUGAAACCACCGCCGAUGGGGCUUCUUACAUUCCCUCAUCCAAACGCCCGGAUGGGUCAACGAGGAAGGAGAUUCGAGUAAGACCUGGUUACAGACCACCUGAGGACGUCGAGACCUACAAAAACCGGAGUGCGGAGGCAUGGAAAAACAGAGGGAAUGCUGGAGUUCCUGGUGCAGACCUUUCCAUCUCCACCAAAGACGAUGGCCCGGCAAAGAGCAAGAAUGCCAAGCGGCGGGAGGCUGCUCGUAGAAAGGCUGAAGCCGUGGACACCCCGGAGAAUGACCUUGCAGAUACCUUGCAGGGUACAUCACUUGGGGAUGAAGAAAAGAAAAAACAGGACUGGCGAGAUCCCGCAAAAUUGGCCAUGAAUAUCCAAAAGUCCGCAAAGGACGAAGAUGAGGAACAGCAGAAGAAGAUCCGAAACCAGCUGAAGAAGCUCAAAGCGGUACACGAGUUGAAAGAGAAGAAGACCGCUGGAGAGAAACUAUCCCAUGACCAACUUAUGAAGAUCGGCAAGGAGGGAGAAAUAUUGCGCGACCUCAAGAAAUUAGGAUAUGAUGGGCCAGAGAUGCAGUCAGAAACAACAAAGGACGAGGUAUCAGAUGUGCCAGGAUAA